AGUCGAUUUAGUGAUUUAGGUUUCCAAAGAAAUUUCUGUUGCAGUUUCAAAAUAUUAUUUGCCAAGUUUUGGUUAAUCAUUUAUCCGUUCGGUUAACACGUUCGACGAUGGAUUCUUUGGGGGUAAGGAUUUUGGAAAUACUGAAUUUACCGGUUAUGAUGCGCUGUCCUGAACUAGGGCUUCUUAUAGAUCGCUCCAGUAUUAAAGAACUUCAGGAUAUUUAUCCGUUAUUGGUUAGUUCGAUAUUUGGUAUUAAUGGAGGAACAGGUUGGGGUGUAAGAACUAUGACACGGGAUACUCAUCCGCAUGAUUUUGACGUGCUUUAUAAUUUUUUCAUUCCCAUUGGAGGUCCUAUGUUUCGACUUUGUUAUCGGCUACUAAAUGAUCCUUUAAAGUUCGAACUACCUAUAUCCUAUCUACCGCCAAAAAUGCAACAGUUAUUGGAAAGUGGGCGAUAUUCAGUGUUUUAUAGCGACUUAAUUAAUAUUGAUCCUUUUAGAAGGCAAAUAGUAUCGCUGGCUUUAAAUGCUUUCGAUUACUUCAUGCUCCAUUUUGUACUGCAUGGGCUGGUCACUCCACAAAGACUUUGCUCCGGAAUGAUGCAAUUUGGCAAUGAUAAGGCCAAAACAUUAUAUCUUAUUUUGACAGCAGAAUAUUUAUGCACAUUCUUACCAAGUGAUCCAGAUUCGGUUGUACUGCCACAAAUUAUGUGUGGCAGUGUGAAAAUCUCUUCAUCGGCUUCAAUACCUGUGCUACAGCCAACAAAAUCUCCAAAAUAUCUCCUGAUGUCAGCCAUCCACCACCAUGCUCCUGCUGCGACAACAUCUCAACACACCAUCAGCAACACUACUUUAGAAUCUUCCCGUACUUAUUGUUGGCGUUCUGAAAGUGUACUCUAUCUCUUUAUUGAUUGUUGGCUUCGACUGGAUGUAGACGAUUCUCGUGAGCUACCUAGUAACGAGUUUAUUCGAUGUGUACGUAUUUUAGUUAAACAACUUCAUGCAUUUGGUAAUAGCACAGAACUGGAUAACACGGCGAUGGUACAUUUGCGCCAGCAAGCACAACCGUUAAUGAACACCCGAAUUUACUGCUUUUUAAAAUCCCUAAUGGCACGCUGGCCUUUAGAUAGCUCCUUUUCGGAUGUGCUGGAAUUAUGGCUAAGCUAUAUACAACCUUGGCGCUACACAUUUAAUCGAGACCUUGGCAGUAACUUUGAAAUCCCUAUUGGACCUCGCUAUGAAAAUUUUAUAAAUGACAAUUUGAUGGUAUACACACAAAUUUUUAUUCAAUUGAUUCCUCGCUUUGAACGUAUGGAUUUGACGACGCUCAGGAAUGUUCUAAUGUUGUUCCGGCUGCUAAAAGUAUUUAGUCAAAGUAACUUGAUUGAUUUACUGAAUCAAAACGAGCAAGUUAUGUCUUCCAAUAACAACGUCAACUUCAACAAUUCUGCGUUUAAUGUUAGCGGUGCAUCCAACCGUAGUGUGGCCAACUUGAGUGCCGGUGUAUUAAAUCGAUCCAGCGAAUGGAAAUCGUUCAAUUCAAGUAAUGGUCGGCCAGGCACACCCGGAAACAAAUCUACUGGAGAAACAGCCCAGGACGAUAGUUAUGUUUUUCUCUUCGGGGAUCAUUACAGCAGAGAAAUCGAAGAGCUAUUAAAAAAAAUAUACAUUUCCUCGAUCAUAGCAAGAGAGAAUCUAAUACAAGCUCAGAGAGAAAAAGAAAAUCGCUAUCAGGGUGUGCUCAAGUAUAUCUACAAAGUUAUUGGAUACUUUGACUAUGAUCCAAUGUAUGCAGCAAUGGUUAAUGAUCGAAAAAAGAUUCCAGAUAUUCUUGAAGUAGUAUUGCAGUCACUCGCAAGAAUGUUUCAGAUAUCGCUAACGGAAGAAUUUUUCCAAGGCGAAUCGAUGCAAAUUGAUGCCUUGUCGCAGCCCGAGCACACUUUCAAUACAGACCGAGAAAACACCGUGGAUUUUACUGCAUCAUUUCACUCGUCUUCUCUCUCGCCACAGCAAAUGAGGAGUCGGAAAGUUUUAAUUCGGUAUACAGGCGAUCCCGCUUUACUCCCAAUUAAAAGUACAGAAUUCACAUUUAUGGUACGAUUCUUGCAUCAACUGUCAUGCAAAUUAAAUAUAAUGUUCGGUGAAGAAAUGGAUAAUCUGUGGCGUCGAAAUGACAUAUGGGGUAAGCUUGGACGCCAGCUAUUAAGCCCCCCUAUGCUUACACAAACUUUCGAUAAGUCACAAGGAAUUUGUGUAUUGAAACAAGAUUCGUUAGGACCUAGGAUAUGUCUACGAAUAUUGGCCUCCUAUACGUCAUCGUUUGUGAUAGUUUGCUCGUUUUUGUUCGGAUAUUUAACGUUAAAUACACCAAGCUACGGGUUUAUGCUACUAUUGGCAUUCGCAUUUUUGUAUUUGUUCAUUAAAUCUCUAUUUUGUGACGUAUCCCCUAUGGAUUUGCGAAUGGAGCAUACAAGGACGAUAGAUCGGACAGGUUAAAUCGUUCACAGUUUUUGAAAUGUAUCGUUUAUUCGAUUUUUUUAUUACAAUAAAAAUGAGAAAAAAAUUGGCUACU